UUCUAGGUGAUAAUAUUUGCGGUCCCAAUGUAACUCCAUGCACAAGGACAUGCAACAGUGGUAGUUGUAGUUGUAACUUGAAAUGUAGUGCACUUAUUUGGCUUCCAACAUGCAGCGCCGAAACAUGUAAUCUGGAAUGCAGCAUGGGAAAUUGUAGUCAGCAGUGCGAAGAACAUCUAAACGUUUGUAGUAUGCAUUGUUAUGCUGUUCAGUGUGCACAGACGUGCGACGCUGCCAUAUGUCACAUGACUAGAGCUUGGCCAAUAAGUUUUCAGAAUAAGCUACAAUGCUCCGGGAAUGAACAAUGCUGUAAUAGCUUCAUGUCGUUAGGAAACUUUUAUACUGACUGUGGCGUGGGUAAACGCUGCCCGUGCACUAAAUUUUCCAAAGGCCAACGCAGCACUUCAAAUUUUAUUACAUCUACCACGGCUACAACAAUUCAAGUUUUCGCAACUCAAAGCUCAACGGUGCAGGGAACAAAAAAUUCUCAAGCUUACACUCCUUUGCAAACACCGUCACCGUCCUUUCUCACACCAUUACCUUUAUCAUCAUUACUGUUGUCUUCCUCGACAUCAUCAUCAUCCUUAUCAUCAUCAUCGUCAUCCUUAUCAUCAUCGUCAACGGCAGCACCAUCACCAUCUUCACCGGUACCAUCGUGGUCUUCAUCAUCGCUCACUAAGACAUCUCCGUCAUCGACUUUACAAGUAAUUAAGAAUGUGGCAAAUGAUUCUGUUUCUAAAAUUAAUGGAAUAGACAUCAGGAGAAACAGUUCUUUAAAGGAGGCUGUACGGGUAUUUGAAGUCUUCACCGAUCGUUUACUGAACAUCACAGAACCCCAUAGAGGCCAACUAAGUAACAGAGAAGAAGAAAAAAUACGAGAAUUUAUUUUUGAAGUGGCAAUCUCCUUCGAGGAGUUUGCUCUAAAUUAUGGUAAACACCAUCUGAGUCAGACGAAGCCAUCCACGAAGACCACAAGCCAAAAAAUGGUUAUGGGUAUUCAAAGAGGCUACCGCCAAAAUGCUACUGACUUCUUUCUCAAGGAAGAAAAAUGGCAAGCCAGCAUUAAUAUUUCCUCUGAGGAUUUUUCUGAAAAUGGGUCAGUGGUUGUUGGGUGCAUGUACAAGGAUCUCCAUGAAUUACUGGUGAGAAAUAAAUCCAUCAGGGAUGAAACUGGCAAUUCAAGGUACAUUAACACUAGAAUAAUAACGGCAGCCAUGGAUCCCAAGCCUGAACAAUUACGACAAGAUGCCAUAUUAAAGUUCAGAAACCUGAAGGUCGUUGACGAAGAAAAACGUUGCGUGUUUUGGAGUGGCUCCAAAAAAAGUCCAGACGGGUUUUCAGAGGAGGGUUGUCAUAUGGAUCUUUCUAAGAGCAACUCUGAAGAAACAGUUUGUGGCUGCAAUCGUUUGACUCAUUUUGCUGUCUUAGUUGACCUCAGCGGUAGCAACAAGCUCACCGAAAAGGACGUAACUGUUCUGGAGAUCAUCACACACGUAGGAUUAAGCCUGUCUAUCAUCGGAAUGCUCUCGACAAUUAUUCUGUAUUCUUUCCUCACAGAUGUUCGUCAACCUCUGUCUCAAAUACGCUUAAGUCUCGCUGUGUCCCUCGGAGCUGGACAAAUCAUCUUCAUGGCUGGGAUAAACGCCACAAAGAACAAGGCUGUUUGUGUCACAGUAGCAGUUCUAAUGCAAUAUUUCUUAAUGGCCGCUUUCUGCUGGAUGCUGGUGGAGGGAAUUUAUCUCUACCUGUUUGUUGUGAAAGUUUACAACAUCAACACCAAGAUGCACAUGUAUCACGUCAUGUCAUGGGGUUUGCCCCUGGUUAUGGUGGCCAUUUCACUGUGCAUCGCUGCUGGGAAAGAAGGGAUACAAAGCUACACCAGUGAAAAGUUUUGUUGGAUGUCCUCAGCGAACAAUCUGAUUUGGCUAUUAGUCACAUUUGUGAUUACAAUUGAAGUGAUCUACCUGGUGAUACUCGCACGAGUCAUACAGGAGAUGACCGGAAUGCAGCCAACAGGAGAGAAGCAAGGUCAACAAAUACGAAUUGGCAUUAGAGCAUGCGUGGUGAUGAUUCCGCUUCUGGGUGUCACGUGGCUAUUUGGUCUUUUGUCGCCAUUACACAUAACUUUUUCCUACAUUUUUACCAUCCUUAACUCUACACAGGUGAGUAUCAGGUAUUAUAAUUUCCUAACUUUAUACAUUAAAUCAUCCAACCUCAGUAUUUAGAUCACUUUAUAAUAUUGUGUACAUAGUACGCAUAGUCUGAUUUCUCAAUUCAGUUUCCAAUGCGGUGCUUUAUGAAGUUAUAGAGCUCGGCUCGUAAUUUAUAAGCUUUCCUUGUGCUCU